AUGCCAAACAGCGAAUCCCGUCGGACGGAGGCGAGGAGACUCCGAAAGACAACACCCGCCCCAUACGGUCAAGCAUGCAUCAAUUGCGCCCGUGCCAAAUGCAAAUGCUUACUAUUGGCGACUGGGGACCAGUGUGAAAGAUGCGAUCGUCUGGGCAAGGAAUGCCGACCCUCGUUAUCGGCUCGAAUGCGCCGGAAGGGUUCUUCAAAUACGAGGAUUGCACGAGUGGAAUCUAGACUCGAUAGUCUUCUGUCCGCGCUGCAAAGCCCUAGUAUAUCUACGCAGUCUUCUUCUGGCUCGGAAGGAGUACGAAAGGGUGACAAUUCGCUAGAAGGGCACGCCGAGGAGUCGCCCAGCCCAUAUGAUGUUCAAACAAGGACUCCGGUCUUUGCGCUGCCUGCAUCGGACAAUCCGAAUCCCUUGGAUCAUGUCUCGUCCGAUGCGGCAACUAGAGCUCUUGAGCAGUUCCGUACCGAAAACCUGAGCUAUCUCCCCUACAUCCAUAUACCGCCCCAUGUCACCCCUCAAGAACUUAUGAAAGAGAAGCCAUUCUUCUGGUACUGUCUUACUGCAGUCCUGACGCCGAACCUGACUCACAGAGAAUCCCUGUUCACCAAAGUGCAUAACACUAUUUACCAGGAGCUGCUCGUGGACAUUGCCCCUAACAUGGACAUUCUUCUCGGCCUUAUGACAUUCAUGUCCUGUAUCGCGUCAUCGCUAUUUAAGAGUGAUGCCUUGCGUUGGACGCCCCACAUGGAAGAAAGCCUCGAGAUCUUGGCUAGCACGAAAGAGUGCAUUGGAGACGAACUGCUGGUGUGGCUCGUCAGGAUUCAGCUAGUGGUCGACAAAUCUUAUCAUCUGCGCCGCGACGAUUCAGUCAAGCGCCAGAUCCCUUCGCCCCUGAGGAAAAAUAAUGUCAUCAGUAUGUACUUCUCGAACGCAGAACUUGCGAUCCAUGAGGUGCUUAUUAAGGCUCCCAUCCCGAUCAACUGCCCAGACCCCCAAGGCCUCAAAAGUCUUCAUGUGUCUCUUCUCGCUGCAAAGUCGUGGUUGGAUGUCUGGUUGUGUGUUCCCCCGGAACAUUAUUUGGGAGUAUCCUUUACCAUACUCUUCCAGUUCUGCCGAGCCCUGGUGAAUCUUUUCAAGCUUUCCACCUUAGAUGAUCCAGCAUGGGAUAAGAAUGGCGUUCAAGACAGCGCAAACCUACUCCAUUAUCUAGACCACCUGCAAAUCAAUUUCAAAAGGUCAUCCGACCAUCUCGGCCAAGAUGCGGAAGACAACAUAUUUGAAAAGGGCGUGAAAAUGAUAUCCGCCAUCAAGGAAAGAUGGGGACCGUCCUUGAUGCAGGCCCGGCAGUACCUGCCUGCCACUGAGGCGGCCAACCCGACCCUGCAGAAUACAUUAGGCAAUCCAGACGAUCUAAGACUUGACGGUAUUGACGAUGCAUGGAUGAUGGAACUGCUGGGAUUCUUAUAG